GAAUUGAUGAAGCUGUGACUUUUGUUAAGCUGUAUACUCAUCAGAGGCUUUCUGUGAUCUUUACUAGUGAAUCUGCACAAGCAAUUCCUUCCUAACCUCACUUCAGGAACUGCAUCUUGGUCCUCAUACUGCUUUAACUCCCAGAGAAAUAAUUACGCUUAACAAGACCUUAUUACCUACUGAAAAAUACAAUGACUGAAUUCCUGGUUUGUUUUAAUUGGUGCAAUGGUGAACAGCCCCAGCCGAAGAGGCACCGGAGACUGGACCGGAAUAUGAUAGGAGAACCAAUGAACUUUGUACACACUGCGCAUGUUGGGGCAAGAGAGAUGAGUAGUGACUAUUCAUCAGUUGUAUCAAUUCAGGACCACAUGAAGUCUAAAGGUGGCUACACAAAUGGCACUUCUGCAACUGUUGAGAUAUAGGAAACCGAGAGAACGCUGAAAUCUGCUCUGUCUUAUGAGGACCCCCUGGACUGCUUUCAUAUUCUUUAAAACCUCUUUAUCAUGGAGUAGGGAGAGUACUUGAAUUAUAAAUAGGUCAGUGCAAGCUUUGGUGUUCUUUGCACAAUAGCUUCUGAAGGAGUUAUUAAAUUAGCCUUAAAAUGGUCUGUCAUGGUAGUGUUGUAGCAGCAACUGUAAAUUGUCGCUGUGGAUGACUUCCUAGCUGUGUCCCAAAAACCUCACAAAGUUGUCUUGUAGGAUGAGAUUGGAAGUCAGUAUGAAUUGUCUGGGGUUUUGGUCUCUGUCUUUUUCUUCCCUUAAGAAAUGCAGAGGUUGAGUUAAUUGGAAGAUAUCACAUGUUUGCACUUCUUACAUGGGCUAAACUGAAUUGCUAAGUAGGAUCUUGUAGCCUGUAAUAUAACUUUGGACCUGUUUUUUAUGGCUUACAACCUAAUGCAUAAAUCUACUGCGCUGUACUUUGGUAUUUUUUUUUUAGUGUUUUGAUGGUGAACGAACUCUAAUGUAAUAUAGUUAGCUGAGUCUGCAAAACCCAGUGAAACUUCUGCCUUGCUGUGAUAACGCUUUUGUAGCUAAAAACGGAGGUUUUGCAAACAUACGCACUCUCAAAUGAGGCUUAGAAAACCAGACAUUUCUCCCAAUUACUGGGCUGCCUCCCUUCCAUACAUGCACUAGUUUGACUGACAGGUAUUACUACAACAGAGCUAAUAAUAUGUACCAGUUAACUUCAGGUGGUGCUACAACAUGCUUACAACUGUGUGUUAAUUUUGCAUGACUACUAUUGAAUUUUAAACUAAACAUACUUAAGAUCGCGCACUCUGUUACUUAUCUGUAACAGUAACUACACAGGACUUCAAGGCAUAUCUCGCUUGUCUUUCUGGCUCCUUAAUUGUGAGACUGUUUGGGUUUUUUAGAUGAACUGAAUUUUUUCUUGCAUAUGGUUUAAAUAAAAAGUAUGGUUUAAGUGAUGCAGCCAUGUGAAGGACAGAAAUUUAAAGAAUAUUGUGAAAACUUGCAGGAGAAUAUUAAAUGGAAACAGUGUCUUGCAGAGUUCCAGCACUUCAUAAAUAUUUAAAUAAAUAGCUAUAAAUAUUUAGCCACACCCAAACUACAGUUUAUUACUCCGGUUCUUAUUCCUCUUUCUAUUAGAUGAUAUGACAAAACUGCUGAAGUAGAGCUAGGUUUUUCUUUUACCCAAUCACUGACAACUGUUCCCCAGCUCAAAAUUCUGACUGACUACCAGUGCAGAAACUUGGGAAAUCUGCUUGCUGUCAUGGGAUUAACUAAAUACAAGUGUUUAAAUUGCUGCCAUACCAGCACCAGUUAUGCUGGAAGUCAGUGGAACUCUCUCGUUGCUCUAGGCAUAAGAUCAGUUAUGAACUUUUUUUUUCCAUUUAAAAAAACAUCUAGCUGGCAAAUCUUUUAACUUGUAUGAUUCUGUUUGUGGCUUGUGAUACUUCUUAAAUCUAGACUGCUGACGUUGCUGAAUUGUUAGGCUGCCUUUUCUAAGUAUACUAGGGAACUUAAAACAUGAAAGGUAGCUCUAUGUUUCUGUAUGCAUUCAACCCCCACCCUCCCAUAUUUCAUCUUUAAGGGCCAAAGAGGAAGAGAGAGUGUUACUUUCUGUAAGUCAACAGCUGAUCAUAACAUUCUACAACCACAUAAGAGAACUCUAAUAUCCAUGUCUUGCUAGAUCCUUACUCUUGAAUUAGAAUGCAUGCCAAAUUUUAAUAUCUUUUAAAAUUAGCAUGAGUUGGCUGUACAUUUAGCUUUUUAAAAUCUUUCAUAUUUCUGUCUUCUAACUUUGGAUUUAAUCCAACAGCCUAGUUAAGAUACAGAGUUUAAAGAUGCUAAAUCCUGUAUACUGUUGAGGAAGCAUAAAGUGGCCAGGUUGUUCUAAAGAACAGAUUCUAAUUCAUCUGCUAUUAAAUUGAGUUCAUGCAUUCAUUGGUCCAUACCUGCCCAGAAAAAAUAGUGGUAGGACAGCUGUCAUGAAGAAAAUGGGUUGUAUUUUCUUAACACUGUAAGAAAACAAAUUGAACAGGAGUUAGUAUUUCCUGAAGACUCUUUCAGUAUGUUUAAGAUUAGUGGUGUAUGCGUAACUAGAAAUAAAGGAGUUGGGGAUCAUGUCAAUAAAUCAACAGAGAAUUUUGUUAUUAAACCCUUAUUUAUAGAAAAAUCCUAGUUUUCCUUAUGUAAACCAAGUAGCACUAUCUGGUGUAAAACUAACCUAUUUUCAUCAGACUAUAUAGUAUUAUAUCAGACCAUAUUAAAGUGUCAUAUCAUUAAAAGGCAAUGUUUUGCUAUUGCAUUAAAAGUGCCAUUACUUUUAAAAUCUAAACAAACAUAAAAGCAUGUCUUAGGACUUAGGUAUUUUUUUUGUUGUAUAUUUAGAAACCUUAUCUAGCUGUAAUGUCAUGUAACUCAGUAUAAACCUAUCUUGGUUAUAAUAAAUAUGUUGAACUAGG